CGCAUGCGCGGUCGCAGUGCGGCGCGGCACGUGAAGGUCGUGGCGGCGGCGGCAUGGAGGCGCCGUCCGGCGGCGGGCUGGGGGGAGCCGACCCGCAGCUCCAGCGCUUCAUCGAGGUGGAGACUCAGAAACAGCGGUUCCAGCAGCUGGUGCACCAGAUGACCGAGCUCUGCUGGGAGAAGUGCAUGGACAAGCCCGGGCCGAAGCUGGACAGCCGGGCUGAGACGUGCUUCGUGAACUGCGUGGAGCGUUUCAUCGACACCAGUCAGUUCAUCCUGAACCGGCUGGAACAGACGCAGAAAUCCAAAUCGGCCUUCUCGGAGAGCCUGUCCGACUGAGCGGCCCCAAAAACGGGGGGUGGGACGGCCCUGCUGCACCCUGCGCCCAGCCCUCUGCUGCCCCAACAAGCCGAGGUCAGCUCCAGGGCGUAGGGUUUAAUUAAAUGACGGUUUUGUGAAAGCUGCAGCCAGCCAGAUGAGAGCCCGUAACAGAUCCGCCCGCUCUUCAGCGCGGUGUUGUGCUGCCCCCAUCCCCAAUCACCAGGAAGCAUCUUCACACUGGGACACAGGGGCUGCAGGUGUCAUGCAUGAGGUGGUGGCGGUGGGGUUGCUCCCAGCACUAAGCAUGCCACUGCUGCCUUAAAACAGUGCUGCACACACCUCCAUUGCACAAAACCAACCCACUGCGCAGUCCCCAUGGCUGUGCAGAAGGAGAGCAGCAGGACUGCAUCAGCACAGGCACCCCUAAAGAGGAGAGCUGCUGGGCAUGGUGAACAUCCCUGGCAGUGUCACUGCUGGAAGACAUUUCAAGGCUUCCCCAAAGUCAUUCACGUGGCCAAGUGACAAACUUUCAAAUUGCAGCACGGCUCUCUAGAUACUGACUUGCUCCAUUCGUUGCUUUCUCUCAGUCAAUGUAAUAAAUAUUAAGUGGGUGAAA